GUCUUCACGAAGUUUUCUGAUGAGCAACAAUAAGACAUUUUAAUGCAUUGCUUUGCAUCCAGCAUUGUGUGUGAGGGAACCUGUUCAAGAAAACCUUGCUCUCUGAGAACAUCAUGUCCUUCUGCGUUCACAAAUUCUUGUACACCGGUGGUUGCAAGUUGUUUAAGCAUGUCUACAGACACAGAACAUCGAGAAGAACAGAAGAAUCAACUGUGGUCGGAAACUCCUCGGGUAAUCAAGGCUUAGAUUCACAACAAUACGAUAUAGACAUCAUAAAAGCAGCAACAAACUACUUUGAUCAUGGGAAUAAGCUUGGAGAAGGAGGAUUUGGCCCAGUUUAUAAGGGAAGGUUUGCUGAUGGGCAAGUGAUAGCUGUGAAGAGACUGUCAGAGAGGUCUGGUCAAGGCACAAAGGAAUUCAAGAAUGAGGUAGAAGUUAUAUCCAGACUCCAACACAGGAACCUUGUGAAGCUUUUGGGCUACUGCAUCCAUGGAAAAGAGAAGUUACUGGUCUAUGAAUUCAUGGCCAACAAGAGUUUGGAUUUCUUUCUCUUUGACGCCACUAAUUCAAGAACACUGGACUGGAGAAAGCGCUACAGCAUCAUCGAGGGUGUUGCUCGAGGACUGGUCUACCUUCAUCGCGACUCUCGAUUGAGAAUAAUCCACAGAGAUCUGAAAACCAGCAACAUUCUGCUUGACGAACAAUUUAAUCCGAAAAUUUCUGACUUCGGGAUGGCACGCAUCUUUGGAGGAGAUCAGAUUCAAGAAACAACGAAGAGAGUUGUUGGAACAAUUGGAUACAUGUCUCCUGAGUAUGCCAUGGGAGGAAAAUUCUCCGAGAAAUCGGAUGUCUUCAGCUUCGGCGUCUUGGUUUUAGAGAUUUUGAGUGGUAAGAAGAAUAGCUACUAUCUCAACGACGACGACGACGACGAUGAAUCGAUUGGCCUUUUGGGUUACGCAUGGAGGCUGUGGGAAGAGCACAGAAUCCUAGAGCUGGUAGAUCCAUCAUUGGGCGAUUCAUGCAAUAGCUCUCAAGUGAUGAGGUGCAUUAAACUUGGGCUGCUGUGCGUUCAAGAAUUCCCAGCGGACAGGCCAACCAUGUCAACGGUGGUCUCCCUGCUAAAUAGUGAUGCAGAUGAUCUCCCUGCACCCAAACCAGUUGCAUUCUUUGGGGCGAGAAGCAAACUGGAGAGCUCUGAGAGCUGCUCUGUCAAUGAAGUCACCAACACAGAAAUAGAUUGCAGAUGAUGUGUGAAGCACAGUGUUCUUCCAAAGUCUGUUUGUUUGGCUGCAUCAACUUUCUAUUCUAAUGUGAUGUCACUAUGCAAUCAAAGCGUGCACAAAUGAGAGAAGUAAACAUGUGAGAACGCAAGCACAUGAGCUUAUACUGCAUGUUCUUUGUGCUCCAUCAUUGGAUGUACUGUUGUAAGCUUUUCAAUGACCACAUUGGAUGUUCAAUAAUGUGCUUUUUUUUCCUA